GUUAAUGCAUCAAUAAGUCAUCUAUUUUUUGCAUAAACUUUAAUUAACUUUUAAAGAAUCAUUCAGGCUAUGCAGAGUGUGGAAAUGAAGCGAUUUCCCGGUCCUACAUGUGGACUCUUCUUAAAGAUCUCCUUCCCUCUGUCUUUCUCCUGCGCUGCUCUUCCUGGCAGGCAAAAACUUGCUCUUGUGUGGCAAGUUCUGAAUGAGGAGGAAACAGGGGAGACGAAGAGCGAGGAGGACAGGCGGCGAGCGGCGGUCGUCGGGCGGCUGGCGAUGGCUUCCUUAGUUUUUGUCAAGUUGUCACAACUACUACGAAGAGAGAUGGCACAAUGGAAGCACUGGAACUGGGGAUUUCCCAUAAGCGAAAGGACCUAUACGAUGCGAAAGCGAAUGGAAUGCUGCUAAUGGAACUAUAGAACAUCCCGAUAGCUAUCUCCUUGACCUUUAAAUGAGUGUCAAAAGAGUACAUUCAACGUGUAUUCAUGUUCUCAAAGAUCUUCAAGUCUUUCCUGCCUACUCGUAGCCUCCUCUGGGCUACAAAACAACCCGCAGACCCAUCCCGAAGAUGACCCAACACUGAACUCUAACCCAAAGUUCUGAUUGAGUGCAAUCCUUGGAGGUCCAAGCGGAACACAAUAAAAGAAAAUGGAAUAUGAAACGAUGUCACAGCGGGAUACAUUUGUGUGGGGUCGUCGUAUGCAGAGCAGGACAUACAGGACAUACACAACACAUAUAGCAGCGCAUCGAAAUGGCAAAUAAAAAUGCUCAACAUUUCUUAUGACCGACAAAUUUUCCGCUCUGCCACCAGGAUGCCCCAUUCCUCAAGAGAAGGAAAGAGAGAGAGAGAGAGAGAGUCGCCAUUAUUUAUAGGCAUUUUAAACAGCGGGUGAAUGGAAAUGAAUGCAAAAAAAUAUAAAUAAUACAGAUAUAUAUCUCUAUAUAAAAAAUA